AUGGCGCUUCAGCUCCCUCCAGUACCGCAGCCGCUCGGCCUUAACCACCCAACGGCCGACCUGCUGCUCGCGCGGCAGACCGAAACCAUCAUCCUACGGGAAAAGGUCAUGAGUCUCUCCGGAGACAGCUUCGACAUCUCUCUUCAGAGCGGACAACCCAUCCUGCGGGUGCAGGGCAGCGUGUUUUCCUUUUCGGGGCGCAAGACGGUCAUGAACCUCAACAACCAGCCCGUCUUUGACAUCAAGAAGGAGCACCUGCACAUCCACGCCACCUAUGCCGCCGUCGACCCCAACGGCAACCCCCUGCUCGAGGUCAAGAGCAGCUUCAAGCUCAUCGGCAGCAAGGCGCGCGCAACGUUUGUCAACAAGUACACAGGCCAGCAGGAGUCGUUCCUGAUGCAGGGCAACUGGUUCGACAGCCGCGCCGACAUUGUGCACGAGAAGACGGGCAUGGUGGUCGGCAACAUCAACCGCAAGCUGCUCAGCGGCCGCGACAUCCUGUUUGGCCAGCAGACGUACGCCCUGACGGUUGCCCCGGGCGUCGACAUGAGUUUGAUGGUGGCGAUGUGCAUCUGCAUGGACGAGAAGAACAACGAGGGCAAGGGCGGCGGCAUUCUCGGCCUGAUUUAA